CAGCUUUCAAAUAUCUUCAUCUGUUUUGAUCCUGCCUAGUAUCUACUGAACACAUUACAACCACAACCACAACGUCCAAUUACGGGAAAAUCUACGAUUCCUAAACUCUCCACGAACGAAAGAUAAUAUAUCAAUUAAACACGGAAAUCCUCAUACUAUAGCAACGAUGGAUUACUCUGAUGCUUUCCGACUUGUCAAUUUGGCAGUAGGUGUUUUUAUGGUUCUUGGUGGAAUUUCCCAAUUCUUUCCUUUGGGCUUAAUUCCAAAUUCAACCACAAGUCUCGCGCUAUGCAUCCUUCCUCUUUUCCUUCGUUGGACGAGGAAUCUUCUACGUAUUCGUUGGAAUCCAUCCUCUUACACGACCAGUCUUUGCGCAUCAUUGCCGGUUUCUUUGAUUGGUAUAAUCGGUCUUAUUUACAUUGGUCUCGAGUUUGUUCCAUCUAUCGAGCAACCUGCGAAAAUAGUCUACACAAAACUUUUUGCUAAUGAUCAUUCCCAAAACAGAGAAGCAGAUGGAGGAUGGGGCGCCGAACAAGUCUAA